AUGGCAUCAAGCUUUGCCCUGAUGAAGAAUUCCAGAGAAUACAUAGACAAAGGGCUGGAGAGAGGCAUCACAGAGGAAGUUGCUCUUUUGGUGGCUGGUCAUAACAAGAAACCACAUCUUGUCUUUCCAGAGGGACUAGGAGUGGCCUGGGUAAGAGAUUCAGGAGGAGCUUAUGCAAACAGCUCUUCACUGUUUCCUGAAGACUAUGAGGAUGAUUCUAUUAAGAGAGCCCAUAUAGAGAAGGAUUUUAUUGCUUUCUGCUCUUCCACACCAGAUAAUGUUUCCUUGAGACAUCCCACACAUGGCUGUCUCUUUAUUUUAAAACUCAUAGAAAAAUUUCAAGAAUAUGCUUGGUGCUGUGACCUGGAGGAAAUUUUCCGAAAGGUUCGGUUUUCCUUUGAGCUGCCAGAAGGCAGGGCACAGAUGCCCACCGCUGAAAGAGUGACUUUGACAAGACUUUUCUACCUCUUUCCAGGACUCUAAGAUGCCAGGAGACUGUUAUGCUGCACCUGCUCUUGAAAACAUGUCUGCAGGUGACAUUACUUCGAAC